GCGUCUAGAAACCAUCUGCUCGGUGCGCGCGCCCCCACUAAAUCCUAGCGACCGUCUCGUGCUGUUGAUGAUCUGCACGGAAAGUUUCAUUCUUCUCUGAUCUUUGUUUCAAGUUCCUGAGGGUCGGUGGGUCUGAGGUUCGUUCUUCUCUUCAUCUCUGGUUGAGGUCCGGAGGGUCGGCGGGGCGUUUGUUCACUCAGGGACGACGGACACGAGGAUGUCUGCAGUCAAAGGGCAACGCCAACAGCGGACUUCAUCUGGAUGUUUCUCUCCGUUAAACCCUGGAAAAUAACAUUUUUUCAGAGUGGAAAACUAUCACUUCGGAUCACUUCGGAUACCUUUCUGAUGCAGAAUAACAGUUUCUAACGGAAAACAACCGUUCCGAAAUGCAAAAUAACACACUUUUACUGUUUAAAUGUCGAUGUUGCCAAGGCGCUGAUUCGGUGAGUACUCUUCAAGUCUAGUGAGAUCAAAGUUUUCUCUCCCUCAACUAUGUCGCUGCUGGAGUAUGUGACGUCAGGGUCUAGAUCUGGUUCUUCAAACCGGUUCCGGACCAACUUUGUCGGGGUCUACGUUCUGUUCGUGUUUGGGGUCGCCUGGCCAUGCGCGGCCCAAUCUCAGGAUGACGCGGGUCUGUCGGUGCCGGAGCACGGCUUCUGCCAGCCCAUCUCCAUCCCUCUGUGCACGGAUAUCGCCUACAAUCAGACCAUCUUGCCCAACUUGCUGGGCCACACCAACCAAGAAGAUGCAGGUCUAGAGGUCCACCAGUUCUACCCUCUGGUGAAGGUCCAGUGCUCAGUGGACCUCAAGUUCUUCCUGUGCUCCAUGUACGCCCCGGUGUGCACGGUGCUGGAGCAGGCCAUCCCGCCCUGCCGCUCCCUGUGCGAGCGAGCCCGCCACGGCUGCGAGGCCCUCAUGAACAAGUUUGGCUUCCAGUGGCCCGAGCGGCUCCGCUGUGAGAACUUCCCGGUCCACGGUGGGGGAGAGAUCUGUGUGGGCCAGAACUCCUCUGACUCCGGAAGCUCCACCUCACUGUCCGCCGUCCCGUUUUUCCCGGAACUGAUGACCAUGCAGCCGCCGAAAUUGGGAAGACCAAACCAGAAUCCUCACCUGACCCCCCAGAACCAGCCGUUUUCCUGCCCGCUGCAGCUGGAGGUGCUUCCCUAUCUUGGCUACCACUUCCUGGGGGCCAAGGACUGCGGGGCUCCAUGCGAGUCCAACAAGCCCAGCGGACUCAUGUACUUCAGGGAGGAGGAGCUCAAGUUCGGCCGCCUGUGGGUGGGCGUCUGGUCCAUCCUGUGCUGCGUCAGCACCCUGUUCACGGUACUCACCUACCUGGUAGACAUGAAGAGGUUCCGCUACCCGGAGCGCCCCAUCAUCUUCCUGUCGGGUUGCUACUUCAUGGUGGCUCUAGCGUACGCUGUGGGCUUCUUUCUGGAGGACCAGCUGGUGUGUAUCGACGGGUUCAAAGAGGACGGCUACCGCACCGUGGUGCAGGGCACUAAGAAGGAGGGCUGCACCAUCCUCUUCAUGGUGCUGUACUUUUUCAGCAUGGCCUCUUCCCUCUGGUGGGUCAUCCUGUCCCUCACCUGGUUCCUCUCUGCUGGGAUGAAGUGGGGCCACGAGGCCAUCGAGGCUAACUCCCAAUACUUCCACCUGGCGGCGUGGGCGGUGCCGGCGGUGAAGACCAUCACCAUCCUGGCCAUGGGCCAGGUGGACGGGGACGUGCUGACAGGGGUCUGCUUCGUGGGCAUCAACAGCGUAGACGCGCUGCGGGGAUUCGUGCUGGCGCCGCUCUUCGUCUACCUCUUCAUCGGGACGUCAUUCCUCCUGGCGGGCUUCGUAUCUCUGUUUCGGAUCCGCACCAUCAUGAAGCACGACGGCAGCAAGACAGAAAAACUGGAAAAGCUGAUGGUGCGCAUUGGGGUGUUCUCGGUGCUCUACACGGUGCCCGCCACUGUGGUCAUCGCCUGCUACUUCUACGAGCAGGCGUUCCGGCCGCACUGGGAGAACACCUGGCGCUCACAGACCUGCAAGCGGCUGGCGGUGCCGUGCCCUCGCCACGAUACCGCACCCCUGCGGCCGGACUUCGCAGUGUUCAUGAUCAAAUAUCUGAUGACCAUGAUCGUGGGCAUCACGUCGGGGUUCUGGAUCUGGUCCGGAAAGACCCUGCAGUCCUGGAGGCGGUUCUACCGGAGGCUGGGCAGCGGGGCACAGGACGAGACCACUGUCUGACGUUACUUACCUCAUUAGACCUACGAGGGGAACCGGGGCACUUCUCUUAUAUAGAAGAGUACUCCUCAAAUGAUUACCUUGUGGUCCUUUAACCUGUAGCAUCUUUUUUCAGAUCAUUUGGGGUCUAAAGAACUAAUGCUGACGAUGAUGUGAGAUUUGUCCAGUAUUUAGGAGGACGCUGCAGGUGUGAUCUGUGAGACAGCUGCAGUGUCAUCCUGUGGGGCGACAGCACCCAUCAAUGAAGGACCUGUAAAGGCUUGUUUACCACUGAUGCUCAGAUCAGGUUAUAUCAUUAUGGAAAGGAUCUCCACUAAUUUAACUUAAUUUAAAGAGUCUCUUUCAAGGAGUGUUCUCCCUCUGUAAUCUCCUUGUUGCGUUGUUGCAGGAUAUUUCUCUAUUAUCUUUAAAGUCUCAUCCCUCCUCCACCCAAAUCUUUUAGAUAACACUAAACGACACUUUCUGUAGUCCCCACAGCAGACUCUGCUCUCAAACCCUCACCCACACUCCAAACUCUUCCUACUCUGGGCCAAAUAGUUCAAGCGAAAGGUAAAGAAACAAGUUUUAUUUCUCUGUCGGGAUCCUUUCCGAAAUGAUAGAAUAUAUUCCGAAGCUGUCAGCAGCAUAUUUUGACCUUUGCCAUUUAGGAUUACAUUGCAACCUGUUUUGCGGAAUAAGGAUGUAAACUUUAUGUUCUUAAAUUUCUGAAUUUAUUCUUAUAGCUUUUACACUUAUUAGGAUGUACACUUUUCAGGUUUUAGUGGAAGGUUAAACCCUAUUCCUCGAUCAGAACUGGUUCUAUCUAGAAUAGUCAACUUCAUGAAGAUAACGGACAUAUUCGAUCCAACAUGCAGACAGUUUUGUGUUUUUAAGCAACAUGUUUAUAAACUGCUACCAUGUACUGACAUUUAGAUGUGACAGUAUGAACAUUCCAGGUUACACUCAGGACUCACCUUAAGGACCCAAGACUGGGGAAGUCUUUAUAAGUCAGGUCAACAUAACCAUGGUAACCAGCCCUGCCUUCUGCUGUUUUCUCCUGGAUUGGGGAGACUUUAAACCAAGGAAAACAUUUCACAUAGUUUAGAUGUCUGUCUCACACACACACACACACACACACACACACACACACACACACACACACACACACACACACACACACACACACACACACACACACACACACACACACACACACACACACACACAUUAUUUUUAUGUGUAUGUUGACCUAGACUUGAUUCCUGAUUGUCAUAUUGUCCUCACAUCUUCUCGUUGUUCAUCUUCAAGGUAUAAAGUCUUAAUUAGAGUGAGUUUUUGAGAUGUUUAUGUGAACAAUACUUCCACUACUGCCAAUCACAGCUUUGCUCGGUCUUCAUGUCCUCUAGUGUAGCGACACGGACCUCAGGGAACCAAAGAUCUAUCCCAUAAUAGACAAAAGGAUAAACGGUUGCUGGGGACUAAAUGAUAAAUAUAUAAUCAGAAUAAUCCUAGUCCUUUAAUUAUCCUCUGUAUUCACCUGGGACCAGAACCCGCCCAACCCUUAUAGCAACAACAAAUAAUGCCUAAACUGUGACAAUUGGACUGACUGACAGUCUAUGUGACUGACUGUUUAAGGGUUCACACUUGGGGUUUAUAUGCAAUCUACAGUAUUGGUAUGGAAGACUUUCAAAUGAUAUAUUGUAUUAAUAGUUCUGCCAGGUACCUAUUUUUGACAUUUAUGCAUUUUGUUUUUUUAUAUACAGAAAGUUAAUAAAACAAUCUGAUUUCAAAAAAA